CUGCCAGGGGCACGGUCAGCAGUGACAGUUCCUGGAAAGAGGGCGGCGGCGAGAUCUGGCUCGGCAGGCGCCUCCUGCGGACCGGAGCUGGGAGCAGAGCCGGGCUGGCAUCGUGAGCAGCCCGGCCCGCUGCGCUCGGCGGAGGGUGGACCGGCAGGAAGCGAAAUGGUUACUUUUUUUAAUGCGGGGUCUGGUUACUUUUGAAUAUCGCCGGCCUCCGGCGGGCUCCCGGCGCAGAGCAGAGACGAGGGUUUUUCUCUCCGCGGUGCAAGAUCCUGGGGAGACGCAGAGCUGGGGCGUGGGUGAUGCGGUGGCCUGGACGAGCAGCCGUUGUUUGAUGUCCUGUGCCUGAUAAAACCGGCUGUUUAACUUUAUUAUGCCUUUGGAGAUGGAGCCCAAGAUGAGCAAACUCGCUUUUGGGUGCCAGAGAAGCUCCACGUCAGAUGAUGACUCUGGCUGUGCGCUGGAGGAGUAUGCCUGGGUGCCCCCUGGCCUCAGACCAGAGCAGAUUCAGCUCUAUUUUGCUUGCUUACCAGAGGAAAAGGUUCCUUAUGUUAACAGCCCUGGAGAGAAACAUCGGAUUAAACAGCUUUUGUACCAGUUGCCACCACAUGAUAAUGAGGUGCGGUAUUGCCAGUCUUUGAGUGAAGAGGAGAAAAAAGAAUUGCAAGUGUUCAGUGCUCAGCGGAAGAAAGAAGCACUUGGAAGAGGAACGAUUAAACUUUUGUCCAGAGCAGUAAUGCAUGCUGUGUGUGAGCAGUGUGGGCUGAAGAUAAACGGAGGUGAAAUUGCAGUGUUUGCCUCGCGUGCGGGCCCUGGAGUAUGCUGGCACCCGUCCUGUUUUGUCUGCUUCACGUGUAACGAGCUGCUGGUCGACCUCAUCUAUUUUUAUCAGGAUGGAAAAAUUCACUGUGGCAGGCACCAUGCUGAACUGCUCAAACCACGGUGUUCAGCAUGUGAUGAGAUAAUUUUUGCUGAUGAGUGCACAGAAGCUGAGGGUCGCCACUGGCACAUGAAACACUUCUGCUGCCUGGAGUGCGAAACAGUCCUAGGAGGACAGAGGUAUAUCAUGAAGGAUGGCCGCCCGUUCUGCUGCGGCUGUUUUGAGUCUCUGUAUGCCGAGUACUGUGAAACCUGUGGGGAGCAUAUUGGUGUCGACCAUGCACAGAUGACCUACGACGGGCAGCACUGGCAUGCGACAGAAGCCUGUUUUUCUUGUGCCCAGUGUAAAGCCUCUUUGCUGGGGUGUCCCUUCCUUCCCAAGCAAGGCCAGAUUUAUUGCUCAAAAACAUGCAGCCUCGGUGAAGACGUCCAUGCUUCUGAUUCUUCCGACUCUGCAUUUCAGUCCGCUCGAUCAAGAGACUCCAGAAGAAGUGUCCGGAUGGGCAAAAGCAGUCGGUCAGCGGAUCAGUGUAGACAGUCUCUCCUCUUGUCCCCUGCUCUAAACUACAAGUUUCCUGGCCUUUCAGGCAAUGCUGAUGACACCCUUUCUCGGAAAUUGGAUGACCUGAGUCUCUCCAGGCAGGGAGCAAGUUUUGUCAAUGAAGACUUUUGGAAAGGCAGAGUAGAGCACGAAACCCCAGAAGACCCUGAAGAAUGGGCCGAGCAUGAAGAUUAUAUGACGCAGCUUCUCCUCAAGUUUGGUGAUAAAAGCCUCUUUCAGCAGCAGCCCAACGAGAUAGAUAUUCGAGCCAGUGAGCACUGGAUAUCUGAUAACAUGGUUAAAAAUAAGGCCGAGUUAAAGCAAAAUAACCAGAGCCUUGCAAGUAAAAAAUACCAAUCUGAUAUGUAUUGGGCACAGUCACAAGAUGGACUUGGAGAUUCUGCCUAUGGCAGCCACCCAGGCCCUGCAAGCAGUAGAAGGCUCCAGGAGUUGGAUCUGGACCACGGGGCUUCGGGAUACAAUCAUGAUCAAACACAGUGGUAUGAGGAUUCCUUGGAGUGUUUGUCAGACUUGAAACCAGAGCAGAGUGUUCGGGAUUCUAUGGAUUCCUUGGCUUUGUCUAACAUCACAGGGGCUUCGGUGGAUGGAGAAAGUAAGCCGAGGCCAUCAUUAUAUUCUCUGCAAAACUUUGAGGAAAUGGAGGCAGAAGAUUGUGAGAAAAUGAGCAAUAUGGGGACUUUGAACUCUUCCAUGCUGCACAGGAGUGCAGAGUCCUUAAAGAGUCUGAGUUCAGAAUUGUGUCCAGAAAAAAUCAUGCCUGAGGAGAAACCAGUACAUCUGCCAGUGCUCAGAAGAUCCAAGUCUCAAUCCAGACCACAGCAGGUCAAGUUUUCAGAUGACGUGAUCGACAAUGGAAACUAUGACAACAUCGAAAUCCGGCAGCCUCCAAUGAGUGAGAGGACUCGGAGACGGGUCUACCACUUUGAAGAGAGGGGGUCCAGGUCUCAUCACCAUCGCCGCAGGAGAAGCAGGAAGUCCCGCUCUGACAACGCCCUGAAUCUUGUCACAGAAAGAAAAUACUCUCCCAAGGAAAGACUGCGGCUUUACACCCCUGAUAACUAUGAGAAAUUUAUACAGAACAAAAGUGCCCGGGAGCUCCAAGCGUACAUCCAGAAUGCUGACCUCUACGGCCGGUACGCCCACGCCACUUCCGAUUAUGCGCUGCAGAACCCCGAAGUGCAUCGGUUUCUGGGACUCUACGGGGAGGAUGACGAUUCCUGGUGCUCCUCCUCCACCUCCUCCUCCGACUCAGAAGAAGAAGGGUAUUUUCUUGGACAACCAAUUCCUCAACCUCGGCCACAGAGAUACGCCUACUAUACAGACGACCUUUCUAGUCCAACUUCUGCUCUCCCCACGCCUCAGUUUGGGCCAAGGACAACUAAAUCCAAGAAGAAAAAGGGACACAAGGGCAAAAACUGUAUUAUUUCUUAACCGAGUAGCUGUGGAGCGCAUAUUUAAACUUAGCCAUUAACCAUCUUGAAUCAUAUCUUUUUUCUUCCAUAGGAAAGUUGCUAAAAUAGUUUCAAGUGCUUUGCCCAUGUAAAUGAGCCCCUGACUGCUGUUUACAGUGUCAGAUUAACAUUUGGAAGGUGUGAUUUCUCCAGUUUGCCCUCCUUGGAUGGUGCCAGGUUGCCGUGACAUCUCUGUGCCUCUCAGGUGCCAUUACGGUUUUACUUAGAUGCUUUGGUCUCCAAUCCUCAAGAGAAUCCUCGAGAAACUGUUGAGAGGUGAUUGGACAGAGGCAUUGAUUUUAGACAAUGGAGAACUUCAGCCACCUUUGUAAAGCAAUAGUGUUUGUCGUUCGUCUCUACCAGGUUGGCGCAGGUCCUGAUCGGUCUGUCUUGUUGUGCGGCAUGCACGUAGUCACACUGACCCAGCCAACACUGUGCGUCCCAUCCUACGAGUCCACCUUGUCCCCUUUCAAUCCUCUUUAGCCAGGUAAACAUUGUAUUAGCUCCAGCUACAGAUUGAAAAAAAAACAAAAACAUUGCUAUUUAUAAUGUAGUAUUUCAUAGACGUAAGUGUAUUCCUAAUUUAACGGUGCAAAUACUAAUGUACAUACUGUACAGUUCAGAUUUUAAAGCUGAUAUUUUUAUAUCCCUGAAUUGCAAGAUGUUUGUUACACUGCAGUGCUAGAUUUGUUAGGGAACCAGAAACAGCAUUUAUGGAUGAAAUGAUUGCUUGUAUUUUAGUCAGGGUUUAUAAGUGUAGAUGGUCAAAUUUAUAUUGCCUAGUGAUGGAAAGUUCAAUUUUUUUGAUUUUUCAAUAUUAAAAAGGCUCUGUAUGCAUGGUGGGGCUAUGUAAAUACUCUUUAAAACUAUGGCCCUAUUAAUCUUACAAGUGUUAUUUAUGGGUCAAGCAAUGUAAACUGUAUAAAUGUAAAAACAAACAAAAAAAACCCCAUAUAUACCCCUGGAAUAUAUGGUAAAAACAAAUAGAAGCUGUUUGGGUGGAUGUUUUUUCCCCUCUUUGGUGAUGGUGUGUGUGGGGGUGCCUUUCCCAUUUUUAGCAAGCUGGUGAUUAUCUCAUGGGAAGAGACCAAAACUACAAGGAUCUGCUUUUUUGUGGCAGGGGACUUUGUAGAUUUAUUAUUUGAACAGAGGUUAUUCCUUUUUAUCCCUCCCUUCCAGCUAAUUUGUUGGUCUUUAAGCAGCAAUUUUGAAAACUUGGCCUUCUGAUUAUGUUUGUCUUUUAAAAUCUUUAAAUUAGAGGAUGCUGUACCACUGACUACUUCAAGUUAAUAUGAGGUUCUAUUUCAAGGGAAAAUUAUCUUGAAUUUGAACUAAUGAGCUGAUAUUUUGAUAUGUGCUGUUCUUGCACAUACAUUUCAGUCCUACGGUCCUAGUGGUAUUUGGGACCUGUAGGACGGUAUUUAAUAAACAAUAAAAACUA